AUGAAACCAGAACGUUUAUCUUCGUUGUUAAAUGAAGAAGCCAAAGCUCACAUAUACACCAGUACAAUACCGAAAAGAGACUUUGAGCUGACCUACCGACUAGAUUGCCGCAACUUGUGUGCUGAAUUUCGUGAAGACAUUGAAUUCCGCUUCUCAUUUGGACCAACGGCUUUGAUGCAGCGAUUCUUGUUUCCAAUGAAAAAACAACACUACCUCACAGAGGGAGGCACUGGGGUACCGCGACAACAAGUGGUAACUGAUGUAUCUCAGUCUCGAGACAGUGAAGUUCUUAUUGCCAUGAUGACAACGUUUGCAUCGGUGACUUCCCGGACAACUGUGGGAGCUAUGGUGUUCAUGGGAAUGGUAGCCAAAGCAGCGGGAUGGAGAGUGAUAGCAGUCAGUGGUGCCCUGUAUGGUCUGCUCUAUUGUUACGAGAGACUCACCUGGACCAACAAGGCCAAAGAACGUGCCUUUAAGCGGCAGUAUGUGGAAUAUUCCAGUAGCAAGCUGCGUUUGAUUGUGGAUUUGACCAGUUCAAACUGCAGCCAUCAAGUUCAACAGGAACUAUCAUCCACCUUUUCACGCUUGUGCCAGCAAGUGGAUAUAUCUAAACAACAUCUUGAAGAUGAAAUUAAAGACAUUCAGAAAGACAUUGACCAGAUGAAAGAAAUUGCCUCAAAGUCUAAGACUCUCAGGAACAAGGCCGAUUGGUUGGACAGUGAAUUGAACUCCUUUGUACAUCAAUAUCUGCAACAUGAAGUUUGA